AUGAGCAGUAUGAAGGAUAAACCGACUAUCCGCCAACAGAGCUCGGAAAAUAACUCAGUCAGCAGUAGUGAAUGGGAUAUGGCAAAUGAUGUGUUUGUGUCCGGCUACGACGACAAUCCGGUCGGAGAUGAUGUUGUUGCUGGGGACAGGGACCUAGAGCCCGGCUUGGACAGACACCUGCCGCUGUUGUCCCAGGAUGGCAUGAUGCUGGGCCUGGCUGUGGAGGAAUAUUCGGUUCAAUCGUAUCUGGAAAUUGAUCCAAACUACACCGAAAGUGACGGGAAUGUCACAAGCAAGAAGCGCAUUCGGUCCAAUAGCUCCAGGCACCGCGGUGAGAUCGUCACGGAGCUGGGACCAGAGGAGGUCCGGUGGUUCUACAAAGAGGACAAGCGGACGUGGAAGCCAUUCGUCGGACACGACUCUUUAAAAAUCGAGGUCGUCUUUAGGAGAUUUAGUGAACAGAACCCUGACAAGAGCAAACGCCCCGUUGAUCCCGCCGAGGCCGAGGGGAGGGAGGCAGUCAAGUCCGACGAGAUCCAGCCUGAGAGCGGAGCGGUGGACGGUGGAAGUGAACGGGCGGAGUCGACGGUGCAGCGCGGCGGAGGGCAGGGGCUCUCGGUGUCAGAGGAGAUCAGGGACCCGGACGACACGAGCAUCAGCGUGGAGGCAGUGUGUGUCAGAGGGGGGCUCUAUGAAGUGGAUGUCAGGGAGAAGGAAUGCUACCCCGUUUACUGGAACCAACAAGACCGUAUUCCUGUGAUGAGGGGUCAGUGGUUCAUUGAUGGAACGUGGCUUCCCCUUGAGGAGGACGAGAGUGACCACAUCGAGAUGGAGCACCUCGCCCGUUUCCGGGGGCAACAGAUGAGGGACACCUACGAGAUGGAGGUGGUGACCGCCACAGUGGACAGCAAGGAUGCCAUCCACAGUCUGAAGCUGAGCCGGAGUCAUGUGGACUGGCACAGUGUGGACGAGGUGUACCUGUACAGCGAUGCCACCACCUCCAAGAUCGCACGUACUGUCACUCAGAAAUUGGGCUUCUCUAAAGCCUCCAGCAGCGGUACACGUCUCCAUCGGGGUUAUGUAGAAGAGGCAGCACCUGAGGACACCCCACCUGAAACCACGCACAUUGUCUUUGUGGUGCAUGGUAUCGGCCAGAAGAUGGACCAGGGCCGCAUCAUCAGGAACACCAGCAUGAUGAGAGACGCCGCCAGAAAGAUGGAGGAGAAGCACUUCUCUGAUCGCACCACAGAGCAUGUAGAGUUCCUUCCUGUGGAGUGGAGGUCAAAACUGGCUCUGGAUGGAGACACGGUAGACUCCAUCACCCCAGACAAAGUGAGAGGUCUCAGAGACAUGCUGAACAGCAGCGCCAUGGACAUCAUGUACUACACCAGCCCUCUGUACAGAGAUGAGAUUACCAGGGGUUUGACUCUGGAGCUGAAUCGUCUGUACUCACUCUUCUGCUCACGAAAUCCAGACUUUGAGAAAAAUGGGAAGGUGUCCAUAGUAUCACACUCUCUGGGCUGCGUCAUCACCUUCGACAUCAUGACGGGCUGGGACCCGGUGCGCUUCCAUCAUCAAGAAGCACCAGACCCAGAGGAAACAAAAGUUUGCUGGCCGAGUGAUGAGGAGCGUCACCUUCAGGAGCACCUGAGACUCACACGCCUCAGGUUGAGGGACUUGGAGGAUCAGUUCCAGGGUCUGCGCACCUCGAUUUGUGCAAUGCCGGCGUUGAAAUUCCAGGUAGAAAAUUUCUUCUGCAUGGGCUCUCCCCUGGCUGUUUUCUUGGCGUUGCGAGUCCGGCCUGGAAACGAUGGUGUGCAGGGCCAUAUCCUUCCCACAUCUAUCUGCAAACGCCUCUUCAACAUAUUCCAUCCCACAGACCCUGUGGCAUACAGAUUGGAGCCUCUUAUCUUAAAGCACUACAGUAACAUUGCACCUGUUCAAAUCCACUGGUACAACACCACCAGCCCAACACCGUACGAUCAGAUCCGGCUCACACUGCUCAACCCCCCGAAGGAGACCGCAUCUGUCUCGGACUCAGAGAGCCUCCCCAGCCCCUGCACCUCCCCACCCCAGGCCAGACGCCACUAUGGAGAGUCCAUCACCAGCCUUGGUAAAGCCAGCAUCAUGGGUGCUGCCAGUCUUGGAAAGGGAAUCGGAGGAAUCCUGUUUUCCCGCUUUUCCCGUUCUAGUGGCCAGGUGGGAGGAGUUGAGGAGGAGCCAUCAGAUUCUGAGGGCGGGGCCACUGAAGUUGAAAAUGUUACAUCAGGAGAGGAAGGAGUAACAGUGGCAGAGAGCGAAGAAAAGGACAAAGAACUAGAGGAGGGGAGGACAGAGGUGGAGCCUGCCAUGUCCCAGUCCACCUCAGCUGUCAUGGACAACACCUCGUUGGAACUGGAGAGACGCAUCGACUUUGAGCUGCGGGAGGGCUUGGUGGAGAGCCGCUAUUGGUCAGCAGUGACCUCACACACGGCCUAUUGGUGCUCUUAUGAUGUGGCGCUGUUCCUCCUCACCUUCAUGUACAGACCACAAGAGCCUCUUGAACCUGCAGAAGACAACCCAGAGACCUCAUAA